AUGUCCAGACCUGAUAUUUCAUACAGUGUUCAGACAUUAAGUCACUACUUACACCAGCCAAAGAAAUCACACAUGGAGGCUGCUCUAAGGAUUGUCAAAUAUGUAAAGAAGGAAUCAGGAAAAGAUUGGGCAGUUUGUGCUCAUUCAAGGAAACCGGUAACAGGAUAUCUUAUUAAAUUUGGUGACUCUCUAAUCUCAUGGAAGUCAAAGAAGCAAACUACUAUAUCCAGAAGUUCUGCUGAAGCAGAAUAUAGAAGUAUGACAUCAACUGUUGCAGAACUAGUUUAG